AUGAUUCCACAAAUUUUUUACCCUGCAAACCCGGAUGAAUUGCUCGCCCACCGCUAUCAACUUCUAGUCAAGGUCGGCUGGGGUAUCUCCUCGACAGUGUGGCUUGCUCGUGACACAAGGGGGUAA